AAAGGUGCGAUAAAAUGGAGGAUGUGAUAUCUAAACACGACUUAUUUAAUGUGCACAAAAAACUAAAAGAAAUCAGUAGCAUAUUUUAAAAACGAGUUCCCUCUGUACUCGUUGACAAUAAUAACAAAAUUAUUGUAAAUGAGCACGAAAUAAGAAAAUAAUGGCAGCUGUAUAUAUCAGAGUUGUUUGAAGAUGAUAGAAAUAAUAUUGCCGAGGUUUGAGUGUCGAUGGCGAAAGGCUGAACCACCUACGAUUUGCAGAUGACAUAGUUCUAAUAACCGACGACUUAAAGGAGGCUAACGAAAUGCUACAAGAUUUACAACGAGUCUCCCAAAAAGUAGGGCUGGAAAUAAACUUUGCGAAAACUAAAAUGAUGACCAACUUAGUACCUAGUGGACCAUUGAAACUAGAAAACUGGAAUAUUGAAACGGUUGACAAAUACAUAUAUCUGGGCCACGAAAUACAAAUAAGUAGAGACAACCAAACAUGCGAAUUAUCUAGAAGAAUAGCUUUAGGAUGGGCAACCUUUGGCAAGAUAAAAGACGUGUUUAAGGAAAACAUCCCAAUAAAGCUAAAGAGAAAAGCAUUUAACCAGUACGUACUUCCGGUGCUCACUUUUGGAGCUGAAACACUGACAUUGACUAAAGCAUCAAUAAAAAAGUUACAAGUAGCACAACGAAAAAUGGAAAGAUCUAUGCUUGGCGUAACUUUGAGUGGAAGACGUCAUAAAACGGAUUACGAAGUUGAAGUGGAAAUGGUCAGGACACGUCGCAAGACAGACAGACAACAGAUGGACAAAGAAGAUUUUAGAAUGGCGGCCAAGGGCAGACAAGCGAAAUCGUGGAAGACCACCUACCAGAUAGACGGAAGACAUUAAAAGAAUAGUGAGAAACUGGAUCGCAGCUGCACAGGACAGAGAAGAGUGGAGACAUCUUGAGGAGGCCUA